GCCACUAUUCUUCCUUUUGUCCUCCCGCUCUCUCUAUUUACUUGUCAUAUAAGGCGAUAUACCCUUCCACCACUCUCUCACAUUGCUCUCAGAUUCAUAUUCAUAUUCAAUCUGAUUUCGCUCAAUUUGCUUUUGCGAAAAUGGCGGUUGAGGCUGAGAAAUGGGUGCAUAUGGUGACGGCGCAGACCCCGACGAACAUAGCGGUGAUUAAGUACUGGGGAAAGAGGGACGAGACCCUAAUCCUUCCCGUUAAUGAUAGCAUCAGCGUCACGCUUGAUCCCGAUCACCUCUGCACCAUCACCACCGUCGCCGUCAGCCCCUCCUUUGACCGCGACCGCAUGUGGCUCAAUGGCAAGGAGAUUUCCCUUUCCAGCGGCAGGUUCCAAAGUUGUCUGAGGGAAAUUCGCAGUCGUGCUAGUGAUGUCGAGGAUAAGGAAAACGGUAUCAAAAUUGCAAAGAAGGAUUGGGAAAAACUGCACUUACAUAUUGCUUCUUACAACAAUUUCCCUACUGCUGCUGGGUUAGCCUCCUCAGCGGCUGGGCUUGCUUGUCUUGUUUUUUCCCUUGCGAAGUUAAUGAAUGUGAAAGAAGAUCAAAGCAAGCUCUCUGCUAUUGCAAGGCAAGGCUCGGGCAGUGCUUGUCGCAGCUUAUAUGGUGGGUUUGUCAAGUGGAUCAUGGGAAAAGAUGAGGAUGGAAGGGACAGCCUUGCAGUUCAACUUGCAGAUGAGAAACACUGGGAUGAUCUUGUUAUUAUUGUUGCUGUGGUAAGUUCAAGGCAGAAGGAAACGAGUAGCACAACUGGAAUGCGUGAAACUGUUGAAACAAGUUUGCUUUUAAAACAUAGAGCAAAGGAAAUAGUACCAAAACGCAUACUAAAAAUGGAAGAAGCCAUAAAAAAUCGUGACUUCACAUCUUUUGCACAAUUGACCUGUGCUGAUAGCAACCAGUUUCACGCUGUUUGCCUGGACACAUCUCCCCCAAUAUUCUACAUGAAUGAUACAUCCCAUAGGAUAAUCAGUAUUGUCGAAAAAUGGAAUCGAUCUGAAGGAACGCCUCAGGUGGCAUAUACUUUUGAUGCUGGCCCGAAUGCAGUGAUGAUUGCUCGUGAUAGAAAGGCUGCUACCCUUUUACUUCAGAGGCUGCUCUUCUACUUCCCUCCAAAUUCAGAUACAGAUCUGAACAAUUACAUUCUUGGUGAUAAGUCCAUUUUACAAGAUGCUGGGCUUGAGGGGAUAAAGGAUGUGGAAGGUUUGCCGCCACCUCCAGAAAUUAAGGAUGGCAUUCCAUCCCAGAAAAACAAGGGGGAUGUUAGUUAUUUUAUCUGCACGAGACCUGGGAGAGGUCCAGUUUUGCUUUCUAAUAAAAAUCAGGCUCUUCUCAACCCCGAAAACGGGCUUCCCAAGUAAGUUCGGAGUAUGCUAUUUUCCUAUGCUUAAUCCUUUCAUUGUCUCAAAGGGCUGGAGAGUAUCUUCAUCAAUCUGAUGUCUUUUAGAGGGUGACUGCGGUCACUUUAAAAUGACUGAAUAUGUCACUUGUAAUUUAUUUUUCUCGUUCUGGAUAAUUUUCUAAGGUUUAUGUUAGUCCUUUUGACAUGGUUACAAAUAAGUUGUGUAUUGCCUUCUGAGAUUUCAGCUGUAACUUAGGAGGCUUGUCACUGUUGGAUCAGUCCCCUCAGUAAUUGUUUGAAUAAAGAGUUAUAUCCUUUUUGCUUUC